CCCCAGAGGCGACGGCGGUGAGGCGCCACCCGAAUUGCAGGUGAGCGGCGGUGCCGCGGAAGAGGCUGUGAGGGGGGCGGCGUCUCCGCGGACGGAAAUGUUUAUGAUCCUACAAUGAUAGAGCUGGAAGGCACCUUAUCAGCCUACCCUCUCAUUUUGUAAAGGAGGGAAAAAAGAAGCUCUGUAGCAGUGAUCAGAAUCAUCCAGCCUGCCUGUGCUACUAGAUGAAUGGAAAACUCUGAUUUAAAGAAAAUACUUACAAGGAAUUGUCCUUGAUUUUUGUACUUUGUAGCAUUCCUCAAAUUCUUUUCACAUUUUUCCUUAUUGUAAAAACUGCAUUUAAGUUUGAAAAUGAAGCAAUUGAAGAGGAAAAGGAAAAGCAAUUUCAGUGUACAAGAAACUCAGACCCUUUUGAAAGAAAUUACAAAAAGGAAAGAAGUAAUUUUUUCCAAGCAACUCAAUACAACAAUUAAUGUGAUGAAGCGAAUGGCUUGGGAGGAGAUUGCACAGUGUGUGAAUGCUGUAGGAGAAGGAGAACAGAGAACAGGGACAGAAGUGAAGAGAAGGUACCUUGACUGGCGAGCCCUUAUGAAGAGAAAGAAGAUGAAGGCGAACAUUAAGCUAGUUGGUUCAGGGUUUCCCCUUCCCACAUCUGAUUUAGAUGACUCUCUCACUGAAGAGAUAGAUGAAAAGAUUGGAUUCCGAAGUGAUACAAAUUUUGAUUGGCAAAAUGUGGCAGAUUUCAGGGAUGCAGGUGGUUCCUUAACUGAGGUCAAGGUGGAAGAGGAAGAAAGAGAUCCCCAGAGUCCUGAAUUUGAGAUUGAAGAGGAAGAAGAAAUGUUGUCAUCAGUCAUACCAGAUUCCAGGAGGGAAAAUGAACUUCCUGAUUUCCCCCACAUUGAUGAAUUUUUUACUCUGAACUCAACACCGUCUAGGUCUGCAUAUGAUGAGCCCCAUUUGCUUGUAAACAUAGAGAAACAGAAACUAGAAUUGGAAAAACGAAGGCUUGAUAUUGAGGCUGAAAGACUGCAGGUAGAGAAGGAACGCCUACAGAUUGAGAAAGAGAGGCUGCGACAUUUAGACAUGGAGCAUGAGCGACUUCAGCUGGAAAAGGAGCGGUUGCAGAUUGAAAGAGAGAAGCUGAGGUUACAGAUAGUCAACUCAGAGAAGCCAUCUUUGGAAAGUGAACUUGGUCAAGGGGAAAAGUCCAUACAUCAACCACAGGAUAUAGAAACCGAGAAGUUAAAACUUGAGAGAGAACGCUUACAACUGGAAAAAGAUAGGCUGCAGUUUUUGAAAUUUGAAUCAGAGAAGCUGCAGAUUGAAAAGGAACGCUUACAAGUAGAGAAAGAGAGACUACGAAUUCAGAAGGAAGGACACUUGCAGUGAUUUAUCUAGGUCUCCAUUUUAUCAAAUGUUUGUAAACCAUAAGUUUAGGUUUAAAAAUGGUUGCAGGAUUAGCUGUAUUGUUGGUUUUCUUCCCUGUUUAACAUUAGUGUUUUCCAUAGGAAAAAGAUGAUUAUUUGUGGGUAAAUAUAUGCUUAAGUCUUCUAGGAAAACUAUGUGCCCUAGCAUAAAUAGUAUAGCAGAAAUUGUUGUACUAUACUCUUUAAAUUAGUAAAAUUACACACAGUCUUGUAUAAUCUAUGGACUCAGAGUUUACAAUUAUGUCUGUGUAAAAUUCUAGCUCAGUAGUUGUCAACUGGGGGUGACUUUGGCCCCCAGAAGACAUUUGGCAAUAUCUGGCAACAUUUUUUGGUUGUCAGAAUUGGAAAGUUGGGCACAUUGCUCCUGGCAUGCAGUAGGUAGAGGCUAGGGAUGCCUACAUCCUGCAAUGCACAGGACAGUUUCCACCCUCCUCUCCACCAAAAAAAAAAAAAAAAAAGAUCAAAACCAAAAUAGCAAUAUUGCUAAAAUGGAAGAACCCUGUCUUAGCCUGACUGAGCACCUCUUUAGAUAUGUUUCAGUUUCAGAAUGUUAAAACCACAGAUAUUUAUGUGGGAAUUACUUAAGUGGCCCAAAACUUUAACUAUGAAACAGUUCAGUUCAGUUCAGUCGCUCAGUCAUGUCUGACUCUUUGCAACCCCAUGAAUCACAGCACACCAGGCCUCCCUGUCCAUCACAAACUCCCGGAGUUUACUCAAAACUCAUGCCCAUUGAGUCUGUAUAGUAUAUCGACUAUAGGAAGUGAUGAAGAUUAUAGAUGUUUUAUUCCUUUGUUUCCAUCUGUAUAUAAUAUGAGAGUCAGAAAACGAUAUAGGCAACAUCAGAGGUUGUCUAAAGUGGGUUACUUUCCAAAGCAGUUCAUUCGUUUAGCCUUUGGUGCUUUAGAAACAGCACACAUUUUUGUAAACUUUAUGCUUUCUUCUGUGACUCCAUUGACUAAGCCAGUAGUUUAGACAAAAAUUGUCAUUUCAGCCGUGUACUGAAAUCUUAAUAUACUUGGUUGAAGCUAGUAAGAAUGUUACCAGUUUAAAAAUGGUGCCAGUAGUCAAUGAACUGGAACCCAGUAAGUGGUCAUUUGAUUUUUAAAAUAGAUAAUAACUAUUUGGAACUGGGAGUGGGGGUGGGGGAGAAUGUCCUCUGUAUCCAAUAGUAUUGAUGGUGAUGAAAUAAUGAUAGUAGUGGUGUUUUAUGAAUUAGGGAAGCACUAUUGCACACUAUCUGACCUAAUCUGUAGAAAAAGUCUUGAGAGUAGUAGUAUUCCUGAACCUGAGGCUUAGAGAAUUCACACUUCACUUAAAUGACUGAUUUCAUAUAUCAUGAUGUAUUUUGUCUUUGUUCUUCCCUGUGAAACAAAGUUUGUAUCUUUAGUCAGUCGUUUUGGUAUUUAUUCUGAGACUGAAGGUUUACUUAAUCUGGUGAUUUGCCUUCAGUCUCCUAAAGGUACUUUUUCCACUGUCCAGAUGAUUCUGAUGCACACUAAAAUUGAGAAUCACUGCAUGAAAUCAUUUUGUAUUUUCCCAUUUCCAGUAUAUAUAGCCUUAGUACGUCUCUUUUAUUGACAGAUACUACCUUGAUUCUAAAUUGAUUCUUGUUAAUUUAAGAAUGUCUUGAAACCAUAUGUAGCAUUUGAGUAUGGGUAUAUAAGGCAAAAAUAUACAUCUUAGUUACCUUGAGUUUGGAAUAGUGUUAUUUUUGUAUAAUAGAAAUAAAUGCUUCUACCAUAGAAAUGAA